AUGGACGAGGAGGAGCGCUUCUCUGCGAGCUCGCCCGAGUCAGAGCGAGAAAACGAGCACGACGAGGUGAUGGAGGACGAGCCCGCAGAGCCCGACCACGACGACAACAACGAGGACAACAAUGACGAAGACGACGAUGACGGCGACCAAGACGACGGCCACAACGCCUCGGCACAAAACAAUGGCAGUCAAGAGCCGCUGCCCAAGAAAUCCAGCAGCCCGCGUCCGCAGUUUCCAGCCUACCUGCGGCCGACGGUGCGGCCCGAGUACGUCACCGCGCGCCUCUACGACAUUGUCCCUACCAUGGCCGCGCCGCAGUCGACGAGCGUCAAUGCCAUGGCCAUUACGCCGGACCUGCGGUACUGGUUCACGGGCGGCUCCGACGGCUACAUUCGAAAGUACGACGGCCCCGGCACCAUCAACGGCAAGCUCGCGCUGACGGUCGCGCAGAGGCACCCCUUUGUGGACAGCGUGACCAAGGCGGGCAUCUUGAUGUCGUACUGGGAGAAUGAGGAGCCGCCGCCGCCGGGGGCCAUGACGAGCCACCACGAGCAGAUACUGUCGCCCGUGUACUCGCUCGCGGUCGAGUCGACGGCGCUGUGGCUGCUGUCGGGGCUGGAGUCGGGCGCGAUUAACCUGCAAAGCGUGCGGCACGACGAGGGGAAAAAGAUUUGCAGCCUGCAGCGGCACACGAAUGCGGUUAGUGUGCUGACAAUGGCACCCGACGAAACGACGGUCCUGAGCGGCAGCUGGGACAAGACGAUUCUCGACUGGGAUCUGAACACGGGCCAGGUGAUUCGCAGCUUCACCGGCACGGCGGGCCAGAUCUCGGCCGUUGAGCUGCGGCCCGAGCGUGGUGACCCAGUACCCGCGGACGCGGACGAUCCCCCGCCGCACACAACAAUGACGACCAACAGUGGCGCGCCAUUUACGAAUGGUUUCGCGAGCACCACCACCACCACCACCACCACCACCAACGGGGUGCACUCGCACCAAGAGGAGACGCACGGCAGCAGCAACGGUGUAGCGGGCGGGGAGCAGGGGGAGGCGGGGGCCGCGUCGCCGGCGCAUGAGAGCCUGUUUGGCGGUAGCGAUGCGGGAAGCUUGUUUGGCGAGACGGCGGGCGACGACGAGCAGCCGUUUGGAAAGGACGACGACGAGGAGUAUGCCGGCGGCAUGGGCAUGAUGACGGAGCAGGAGGGCGGCAUGGACCACUCGGCCGACAUGGCCAUGGCGGGCCUGGACGUGGACAAGGACAAGGACAAGUCGGCGGACGAUGCGGCGACUGCUGCAAAGGAAGAAGCACAAGCAGCCGCGCCAGAGAGCGAUGCGAUGGAUGUCGAUGAUCCGCAGCCCGUCAAGCACGAAGCACCGCUCUCCCAAGACAGCUCAGCCCCGCAGCCUACCGACGUCAGCGCCACGCAGUCCACGCAGACCCUGCAGACCAACAACAGCUCCCAGUCUGGCACCGAGCCGUUCCCGCCAGCGCCUCUUCCUCCUGCCCCUCCUGCUCCACGCUCACCAACGCUCGUUACCGACACCGCGGCCGGCAAGCAGCUCGACUCUUCGCAGACCUCUGCGACGACGUUUCUCGCGUCCGCCAUGGACGGCACGAUUCGGAUCUGGGACCGACGCAUGCCCAACCCCGCAGCGCGCAUCGUGCCCCGCGCCGGCGUGCCCCCUUGGUGCAUGAGCGCGUGCUGGAGCCCCGACGGCAACAAGAUUUACGCGGGCCGCCGCAACGGCACCGUCGAAGAGUACGACGUGCGCGCGGCGCGCAGCGGAUGGGCGCCGGAGCGCGUGCUCAAGUUUCCGGCGGACAGCGGCGCGGUGAGCGCGGUGAAGCCCAUGGCGAAUGGGCGGCAUCUAGUGUGUGCGUCGUUUGACAUUAUGCGAUUAUACGACUUGCAUGAGCAGAGAGCGCACAAGCACUCGACGGUGCCGUUUCUGAUUAUCCCGGGGCCGCCACGCGCGGGUGUUAUUUCAAGCCUGUACAUUGAUCCUACGAGCCGGUUCAUGCUGAGUGCGGCGGGCACGAGGGGCUGGAACGGCACGAGCACAGAGGUGCUGGUGGGUUACGAGAUUAGUGUGACGAAUGGCUAA